AUGACCACCACCUGCAUCCCAGGGCUCAAGCCCCAGAACCCUCAUUAUAUCCCAGGGUACACUGGACACUGCCCACUACUUCGGUUCAGCAUGGGACAGACCUACGGGCAGGUGACUCGUCAGCUACUUCAAGGCCCUCCUGGCAUUGCCUGGCCUCCUGCCCACCGCACGCUUCUGCCUCCCAUUUGGCCUCCAAGAUCUCCCGAGUUUCCCAGGAAGAGGCUACCUCCCAGGCGUGGGCACGAAAGACUCAGCUGCAGCAUGAUCCCGGGGUACACGGGUUUUGUCCCCCAGGCACAGUUCAUCCUUGCUAAGAGCUGCAGCCAGGUCUGGGCCGAGGCGCUCAAUGAUUUUGCUCAGCAGCAUGGGAGCAGGCAGGGCAGUCAAGAGUCACCUGAGGAGGCCAAGGAAGAAAAGGACACGGAGGAACACCAAGAGCCAGAGGCAGAAAAGCCAGAGCUGACGCAGGAGGGGAAACAAGCUUCUCCUUACUCCAUGGAUGACACAGACCCUCGGAAGUUCUUCAUGUCAGGCUUCACUGGCUACGUGCCUCGUGCUCGCUUCCUCUUCGGCUCCAGCUUCCCAGUGCUCACCAACCAAGCACUGCAGGAGUUUGGGCAAAAGCACCCUAGGCACAGGUCCCAGAAGGAGCCCCAAACUCUUCCCCCACUUCCUAGAACCUACCUUCAGAACGUGGGUCUUCUGCCCCACUAUGGGGGCUAUGUGCCAGGGUAUAAGUUCCAGUUUGGUCACACAUUUGGGCAUCUGACCCAGGAUGCCUUGGGCCUCAACAGCUCUCAGAAGCAGCUCCUGGCUUAG